AUGAAUUCGAUUUUUGAUAUGGAAACAAAUUAUUUGAAAGCGUCGGAGCUUAAUCAUGAAUUAAAAAUAAGAGGAACCGCCAACCCGGAACGGCUGGAUCAUGAUACCAAAAGAAGAUAUCUUCGAAGGAAGUUACGAGAGGACAUGAACAGGCCGAAUUUGCAAUAUAGUACACCUAAUUUCGAUUUUGAUUUAGAAAAGGCAGAAGUGGACCAGAGCAUCGCAGAACUACGCACAAUGUUAAGUGUGUAUGACGGGAUAAAUACGGAUAUGGACAAACGAAUUCAAACCAAGGUCAACCAUUUGAUGGGUCGCAUUCGUCGAUUCGAGGUCGGUGAAGAUAAGGAUGACCAGAAGGCGUACAAGGAGGAUAAUCUUAUUCUAGUAGAGUCCUUGGAGGAGAUGCGCUUACAAAUAAUGGAGCAGGUCAGCGAUGUUGACAGAGUUGUAAGGACUGUAGGUAGGACAGACAAUUCGUCGAGAGCUGUGGAGACGGUAAAAAGUAUGCCUGUGUACAAAUGGGGUAUUGUUUAUGACGGUAGAUCGACCCAGGAGUCAGUCAGUUCAUUCUUACAGAGAAUUGAGGAGCUAAGGAUUGCACGCGGUACAUCGAAAGAAGAAUUAUUUAGAUCUGCUGUGGACUUAUUCCAAGGGCAAGCUUUAGUUUGGUACCGAUCUGUACGGGGUUCAAUUAAUUCCUGGGAGGAAUUAGCCGCUGCGUUGAGAAGAGAUUUUCUUCCUUCGGACUUUGAUGAUGACCUAUGGAGAGAGAUUCGAAACCGUACUCAGGGGCAACAAGAACGAGUAACGAUAUAUAUCGCUUAUAUGCAGAAUUUAUUUGGCCGGUUAUCAGAAGUUCCUACAGAGGAUGUUCAGCUUAAGACCAUAAGAAGAAAUUUAUUGCCAGCAUUUCAAGAUCACUUAGCACUAAUGUCCAUUCAGUGUGUUCGUCAGUUAGCAGACAUUUGCCGUACUCUAGAAAGUUCUUUCGAGCAACAAAGGCGAUUUCAACCACCACCUAGACGCUCUGUUGCCUUGCUAGAACCUGAUUUGGCGUAUAACUUAGUUGAAGCUCCACAUGCCGGUCCUUCUAACAGCUCACGUCAAAAACGGGACACAUUUCACGCAACUGUCCAAGUCGUCGCCAACGUCCAAUUUGCAGAGGAUGUGGUAGACCAGGUUUUAUUAGACCAAACUGCCCCUCUUGUUCAAAAAACUAGUUCGUCGGCAGAGAAGUGGAAACACUGGUUGAGAGUUGUUGAAGAUUUUUACGGCCGUCCUUCCAAUUCUCAUAGCGAGUCCAAUAGAUUAUCUAGCAUCUUUAAUAAUAAGAAGAGAGUCAGUGCCAAAUACUUCCCUACUCAAAAUAACAAUCAUCGAUUUUCAUCGUCUAGGCGUGGGUGUCCGUUAACUUCCUGUCAUCAUUCUAAUCAAUCUAUUUUUUGUCAAAGUCGUAAGUCCAUCGGUAUAAAGUCAGACGCUGAAAAUAAUUUUGCUUGGCUAGAAGCGUUGUUAGCAAAACGUGAAAAUGAUAACAGGCCAUACAUAACCGUUCAAGUCUUGGGUGUUUCCAUUACGGGUUUGCUCGACAGUGGCGCGACCAAUUCAGUUUUUGGCCAGGAUGGUAUCCAGUGGGUGAAAAAAUUCAACCUGACAGUUCACGAUCCUCCGUUACCCAAUAUAGAUACAGCUGAAGGAAAGCCACAGGAAGUAGCAGGUUACGUUAUUCUUCCAGUUGUAGUUGAUGGUCAUUUCGGUCUAGUAAAGGUGUGGUUAGUUCCAUCACUUAAACACAGCUUCAUUCUUGGUGUUGACUUUUGUCGUCAGUUUGGAUUAGAGGUGAAUUACCGUAAAAAUAUGUAUUGUGUCGAUAGGGACAGUUCAUCUUUGUCGCUGUUGCAACAUAAUAAACUGCCAGAGAUCUCUGUCAAUACCCAAGUUCAAUCGCUGUUGGAUUUAUCUGUUUCCGAACGGGAAGCAUUUAAUCAAGUCCUUGCCAGAUUUCAGGAACUGUCAUGGGAGGAAGGAACAAAGUUAGGCCGUACUUCAAAGAUGGUGCAUCAUAUUGAUACUGGAGAUGCCACCCCAAUCAAGCAGAGGCAUCACAAUUUUUCGCCUUACAUGUUGGAGCACUUAUGCAAGGAACUAGAUCAAAUGCUGAAGUUAGGCGUGGUCCAGUCAUCUUCCAGUCCAUGGGCUUCUCCUGUGUUGCUCGUGAACAAGCCUAAUGGUGAGAAGCGUUUUUGCUUCGAUGGCAGAAAGCUCAAUUCAGUUACAAAACCAGAUGCUUACCCCUUGCCAAGAGUUGAUUAUAUUUUAAAUAUGUUGACAGGAGCGAAGUAUCUUUCUAGCAUUGAUCUUAAGUCAGCGUUUUGGCAGAUUCCUUUGCACCCUUCUUCGUGCGAGAAAACUGCAUUUGUUGUGCCAUCUCGAGGCUUAUUUGAAUUCAACGUAUUACCGUUUGGUCUCAGUAAUGCAGCUCAGACUAUGCAACGCUUGAUGGAUACGAUCUUUGGACCUUCUCUAGAGCCUUUUGUGUUUGUCUAUUUGGACGAUGUUAUAAUUGCCACCCCUACAUUUCAAGAACACUUAGAUAUACUUGGAGAAGUUUAUAAACGGUUGAAGGACGCUAACUUGACUAUAAACCUGGAUAAGUGUAAAUUUUGUCGGGAUUCUUUGCGAUAUCUAGGGUUUUUGUUAGAUAAAGAUGGUCUGCGUACAGAUCCGGAUAAAGUUUCGGCUAUGUUAGAGUUUCCAAGACCUGAAACUGUGACACAAGUUAAGCGGUUCCUUGGUUUAGUAGGUUGGUAUAGAAGGUUCAUCCCUAACUUUUCGGCACUCACGGCACCUGUGUCCGGACUUAUAAAAGGGAAACGGAAAGCCAACCGGAUUAUUUGGUCAGAGGAAGCCGAGAGAUCCUUUACACAGAUUAAGGAAGAGUUAGUUAAGGCGCCCGUUCUGGCAGCUCCGAAUUUCAAGAAACUUUUCACCAUCCAGUGCGACGCUUCGGAUUUAGGUUUAGGCUGCGUUCUAAGUCAAGAGGAUGUUGAGGGCAAAGAAGUUGUUAUUGCGUUUGCAAGCCGUACUUUAACCAAUGCUGAAAGGAAGUACACAGUAACGGAGAAAGAACUUCUGGCUGUUCUGUUUGCAAUAGAGAAGUUUCGACCCUACGUGGAAGGUGUUAAAUUCAAGGUGGUGACAGACCAUUAUAGCCUGCUAUGGCUGCAUAAUCUGAAGGAACCGAGUGGGAGACUUGCGAGGUGGGCUGUUAAACUCCAGCAGUUCGAUUUUUAUUUAGAACAUCGUAAAGGAGCUUCCAAUGUAGUGCCAGAUGCGUUAAGCCGGUCGCCAAUAGAGAAUCCUCAAGUUUGUUUGUUGCACUUUGACGCGGAAGAUAAUUUAAAGGAUCUCUGGUACCGUGGAUUGAUCGAGGACGUUACGUCGAAACCUACGCAGUUUGCAGACUGGCGCGUUGAAAACGGCACGUUAUAUAAACACCUCCCGGAGUUGUCCCAAAUCAAUGACCUGGUUCCGGCGUGGAAAGUCGUGGUUCCCAAGCAUCGUAGAAAUGCGGUCUUAGAGAGUUGUCAUGAUGUCCCGACUGCUUCUCAUUUGGGUGUGUUUAAGACAUUUUGUCGUGUUCAAGAACUGUACUAUUGGCCACGAAUGCGGGCCGACAUCAAAAGAUACGUCAGGAAAUGUAAGGUUUGUGCUGCCCAAAAAAUGUCGUCUAUGUCUGUUCCUGGUUUGAUGGGGUCAUCAAAAAAAGUUUGGUGUCCGUGGCAGAUUGUUUCUGUAGAUCUUCUAGGUCCUCUCCCUCGUUCAGUCAAAGGACAUUGUUAUAUUCUGAUGGUUUCAGAUUAUUUUUCCAAAUAUAUCCUUCUUCAUCCGCUGCGUAAGGCAGAUCAUAAAAGCAUUAUCUCUUACUUAGAGAAUGAAGUCGUACUUGUUUAUGGAGCACCUCAAAUUUGGACGUGUGAUAAUGGAACGCAAUUUACAUCCCAUGAGUUUCGACGAUUUGCAUCUGAGUAUGGAUCAAAAAUUUGGUUUAAUGCAAGCCACCAUCCACAAGUGAAUAGCGUUGAGCGCGUGAAUCGAGUUGCAGGAGCCGCAAUUAGAUCUUAUUUGCGAGGUAAAGAUCAUCGGCAUUGGGACUCUGAAUUAUCCAAAAUCGGUUUCGCUUUGCGAACAGCAGUGCAUGAAUCCACCGGAUUGAGCCCUACAUUUAUAAAUUUUGGCCGAUAUGUUCCCUCCAGCGGUGAGUUUUAUGGUAAAGUCCCUUCUGAUUUUACUUCCUGGGAUCUUAAUAAAGAGAAUGUCGCUCAAUAUCUCUCUAAGAGAGGAAACCUGGACCGAAUUUAUAAGGAGGUGACAAAGAAACUAAAAGAAGCCUACCAGAAGAAUUGCCAUUCUUAUAAUUUGAGACGUCGAAAAGCUGAUGUGUACCAUGCAGGUGAUCGUGUGUGGAAACGAAAUUACGUUUUGUCUGACGCCUCUAAGAAGUUUUCGUCUAAAUUAGCUCCAAGAUUCAUUGAAUGUGUCAUAACAAAGAAAGUGUCUCCUUUGGUGUAUCAACUCGCCGACGAAUCUGGCAAAGAUAUAGGACGCUGGCAUGUAAAAGAUUUGAAGCCAUGUGAUGACGCUUAAUAAGUAUUUCCCGAUUGUGACGUUUAGAAAUAAGUAUGUAUGAGAUGGAGUGAUAGGAGAAGUCUGGAUGAUCUCGUGAAAGAUAGCGCAUGGUGGACUGAAUGUAGAAGUUUCUUUAAUUUUUCCCGAUUUUGACUGGGUAUACCCGAAACCUAUUUUGGAUUUUUCGAAACAAACCUGAUUGUGACAUUCAUAUUUUCACUGCAAGAGUACUAUGGAUUAUAUUUCUACUUAUUUUGGAUUAUUUUUAUUUAGUUUCAAUUUAUGUUCAUUUCUUAAAAAAAAAAAAAAAUUUUUUUUUGGUAACUUGAGGGGGUGUAACGAUUUUUAAAUCUAAGCGCGCUCGGUGAGCAAGGUCGCGGAAGAGUGGGGUCGGUUUUUACGGGCGGCGAGAAAAAGAGGAGGUGAAGAGCGUUUUUUGAGCGAAGUGAAUUGCUGUGAAAAUCGAGAUUUUGGCAAAAUAAGGAACCAAGAACAGCUAGGUUCUUUGUACGGGUGCCAUCGAUUCGUGGUUGGUUGCCGUCUCCGUCGUCACUGUCCCAUACCCAUCGAUUCGUGGUUGGUUGCCGUCUCCGUCGUCACUGUCCCAUACCCAUCGAUUCGUGGUUCGUUGUCGUCUCCGUCGUCACUGUCCCAUAUUCGUCGAUUCGUGGUUCGUUGCCGUCUCCAUCGUUGCUGUCCCAUACUAUGGUAACAUCUCCUAGGGGAGCUUUGAACAUAAGAAAAUCGCUCCGAAGUGCUUCACCAGGAAAGAGCUUACGUAAAGUUGCGGAAAGUACUUAGCAUGUAAGAUCGUAGAGGUGGUACCAUUUCGCGAAGGGCGUUUGUUAAUAUAAAGUUACUGAAAAUUAGUCUGUUGUCCGUUCGUCCCCUUCCUUGUU